AUGGUCACGCCGCCCAGCGUGCAGUGGCUUCUUUGGGCCACGCUGGCCAGUGGCGAAGAGGCAUACUUGCGAGACUGCCACAGGCUCAUGGAAAGCCAGCUCAGAGAAAGCCACAUCCAGCCGGCCUGUCAUCAGAAGGUCGCAGGCAUCUACUGCUCCCGGCUGCUGGAGGUGGAGAGACCUCGACCGCUGGCUGGGAGCUGUCCACUGGAUCCAUUACGGAUGGCAUCACCGAACCAGGCAGUAGAGGGUGACGUCCCACCUACGGCUGGUAUGCAGCAGCGGAAUUUGCAAGAAGUCGCUUUCGGGGUGCUGGUCCUCGCCGCCUACGAAGCUCAGCUUGGGCUUGUCCAGCGACUUCUUACUUCCCUCUGGCGGAGAACUCAUACCUUCCUGGUCCACGUCGACCUGAAAUCGGAGCAACUGGAGCGGAAACUUCGAGAUUGGUCCGCUUCAGAUCCAAAGCUCGCCAACGUCCACGUGGAGCGUGCUGUGGGGGUCCGCCGCUCUGGGGCCUCCCUGUUGGCGGCCGAGCUCUAUGGGCUGAGGAGGUUGCUGAGCCUUUCCACGACCUGGCACUACUUCAUGACCCUGUCGGACAGUGAUCAGAUGGUCCGGCCGGCAGACUACUUGCAACGUGUCCUGGGCCUGCACUGGGGCAGAAGCUUUAUCAACACGGAGGUGCUCGACGUGAAGCCCAAAUCCGUUGCUGUCGAGUGUAGCGAGCGUGUUCAUGCAAUCCGGAUGGGUGGCCAUCAGGAUGGUAUCCCAAUUCGCCCGAACUUGACAUUGGCAAGCGGCUCGCAAUUUGUCGUGCUUUAUCGCGACUUCGCAGAGUUUGCUCUGGAUGGAUUAGGCGAGACUGGCGAAGAGGUUUUGAAGCUCGUCGCGGAUGGUCCGGACUACAUUGGCAGGAUCAAACAAAGCAGCCGGAGCUUGGCACGGGAGGUGCUCAAUGAAGUCCUCUUCUUCUCGUCACCAGACGAGACAUUCUUCCACACACUGGCGGUGAACAGCGUGUACUGCACGAGUCACUUGAGGUACAACUUCCACUUUCACGACACACAGGGCAACUUCUUGGACGAAUCGUCGCGUAGCUACACGGACUUUCCAACCGGAAGCCCGCCAGUGCUGACUUCCAGCUCGCUUCCACUGCUGCAGCAGGUGCGGGAACAGCACCCCAUCAUCUUUGCCAGGAAGUUCGAUGCCGCAAACGCAUCAAGCAUGAGCUUCUUAGAGGCGCACGUGGACCAGCUGUUGAAGCCCAGUACCACGACGUGGCAGCCGGCAUCAGGCAUCUAUGCACAUGCAUUCGGCUCGCUCCUUGGCGCAUGCGGCGAGGUUGAAGGUGUGCGUUACCUGAGCGAGGGAGGCAGCAUUGGUAUGCCGCAAAGGCUGUCGUUACGCGCGGUCGUGUCAAGGUCUUGUGUCCAGCGAGCCUCUGCAGCCUUGCGCGGGCAGGUCCCGGUUCAUGGCGAUGUGCUACUUUCGGAGCGAUUCGUGCAGCCCGUGGUUGGAGAUGUGACAAAUUCGGCCACGGCGCUGUCACCCCUACACUGGAUUCGAGUGGGCACUGGCUGGGAUCCUGCCCUGCUACGCUUCACUGGUGUCGCCGGCCUCAUGCCACUUUCACAGGCGAGUUCCAUGGGACUCUUUGCCGUGUCAUACUGGGAACGAUGCGCCGUGCAGCGGCGCUUGCGCUUGCGUUGCCGAAGCCCCGCUGGCAGCUCCACAGACACCGAGGAGGUGCUGCGUCCCUGGCAGCCCAUUUCGGUGACACGGCUGCCGCUCCCAGCAGGUGCGAUGGCUGGCUGGUGGUGCCGCCCUCGGCGUCGCUGGACAUCGAGCAACUUUCUUCAGCCCCACUGGCGGAAAUACCCACUGCUUCGAGCGACGACCGCCUUCACGUCCUGGCACAGUCUCGCUUCUAUCUCUUCGGCAAAGACGCCAUCCAUGUUGAGGUCCUUGAGGAGCUGUUCAGUGCUGACUUGCUUGUGUAGCCGAGACCUGUGGCCAGCUACUCGAGACUUUCUCGAGUCGCGAGCGAGGAAGCUCAUCAAGGAAAGGAGGACCCUGUGUAACAGCGAGAUGCCCCACGGCGACAACCUCGAGAUUCGGCUUGCUCUUCUCGAGUCCGUAGCCGGAGCGUAG